ACGAGUAGUUGACGUAGCGAAUAGCAGUUAUAAUCAAAAAAUAAGUUAGUUAUUAGUAAUAUAUGUUGUACUAUUAAUAAUACUUUAAUCCUAGUUAAAAAAAAAUCAUACACACACUCAUAAAUUUAACUAAUUCCAGUUUUGCUUUACGCAAUAUACCAUUGGCUAUUCAAUUAAUUUAUAACUUCAAAACUUGUUUCUUACCGCGCCGGUGGUUUUACAAAAUUAUGAUGUUUAUAAUUUUAGGUGUUGUAGUGAUUUUAAUAGUUUUAUUCGUGUCUCAGAAAAAGCAAGUGGUAAUAUGCAAUUCAACAAAGAAACUUCGUGGAAAAACUGUGAUUGUAACUGACGGGUCGAGUGGACUUGGAUUCGAAAUUGCAAAGGACUUAGCUCAAAGAGACGCCAAAGUUAUAAUAGCCUGUCAAUAUGAAAUAGAUGGCUAUACAGCUCUAGCAAGGAUUGCUAAAGCGACUGGUAACCAUAACGUUUAUUACAGACAAUUAAACAUAGCAUCUUUAAGAUCUGUGCGAGAUUUUGUGAAACUAAUUCAGGAAAAAGAAACUAGAUUGGACAUUCUCGUAAAUAGCUCUGGCAUUCGAGUUCCUGAGGAUGUUUUAACUGACGAUGGACUGCAUUAUAUAAUGCAAGUGAACUAUUAUGGCCAUUUCCUUUUAACACUCCUACUUUUACCGUUAUUGAAGAAUACUGCUACUGAAACGGAACCUACUAGAAUAAUAAGCAUAACGUCGAAUCUACGUAAAUACGCUUCAUUAGACGUUAAUAGUUACAAUAAGAUUGGAUUUUGGACAAAAUCAAGAAUUUAUCUUAAUAGUAAAUUAAGUUUGGUUUUGUUCUCACAAGAAUUGUCAAAAAGACUUGCAGAAACUAAUGUGGUGGUAAACUGUGCUGAUCCAGGAAUAGUGGAAACUGAUAUUUAUUACAGUAUCAACAAAUAUAUUGCUUAUAUUUUAAACUUUUUCAUUUACGCGUUCUUUACAACACCAUGGCAAGGAGCUCAGACUGCUAUCCAUAUGGCAGUAGAGGAUAAUACUGGUCUGGUCAGUGGAAAAGUUUUUGAAAACUGUGAAAUAAGUGAUAGUAAAAUGAAUGGUGAUUUAGAAUUUACAGCGGAGAAAUUGUGGGAACAAUCGGUCAAGCUUGUUAAACUGGAAGCGCACGAAAUACCCACAAUUAAAAAUUAAAAUAAUUGUU